AUGCCCAUGGAAGGCACCAUUAGACCUCACCACAGGAUCGUCUCGCUCUCCGAAGACAGCAACCAGAGCCCAUGUGGAAGAGUGCCCCUGGAAAUGGAACCUGCCUACCAACGUUUGAAGUCAUCUCAGGACGAUCUAGAAGAAGGGGCGCUGCCGGAGGACGACCCGCGGCCCGUGGUGGAGGGGCUGCCGGUGCGCGCCGCCACGCUGCCCGCCCUCGCGCGCCUCUUCGCCAGCGCCUUCGACUCGGAAGACGAGGAGGAGAGCUGCAGCGUGUCCGUGGCCACGGUGGGCGAUGGGAGCGACUCGGAGGGCGCCGGCGGAGGGGCGGGCGUGGGCGCGGAGGCGGGGCAGCCGCGCGGCGCGCUGCGAGGCCUGCCCCGCGCGCUGCUCCUCGUGCACCAGUGGUUCGCGCCCUCGACGGCGCUGGCCGAGCAGCUGGCCGCUCUGCCCCGCGACGGCCCCGCGGACCCCCGCGCCCAGCGCCGCCUGCGCACGCAGGUCACGCGCGCCUUCAGGUACUGGAUCCGCACCUUUCCCAUGCACUUCGACCUGGAGCGCGGACUUGCUCAGGCCCUCAGGGACUUCCAGACGACGCUGCCUCCCCACGAGGCCCAGCGCCUCGACCUCUCUCAGGUGCCGUCGUACGAGUGGAUGCGGCACGUGUCUGUGCGCGCGGGCGCCGGGUCGGCGGCGCGCAAGGUGUCGCUGGUCUUCAACAACCUCCAGCCGCUGCAGCUCGCCGAGCACCUCACCUUCCUGGAGCACAAGGUGCUGCGACGGGUCGCGUUCACAGAAGUUCAACAGUAUGUUCGCAGUGGAUCAUUGGCACAAACACCUAAAUUGGAGAGAUCUGUUGCUUUAUGCAAUGGGCUUACACAAUGGGUGCAGUGCAUGGUUCUGAGCCGCACAACCCCUGCACAGCGAGCCCUUGUCAUGGACAAAUUCAUUGCUGUUGCACAGAAACUUCUUGAGCUGCAAAACUUCAACAGUCUGAUGGCCGUGGUGGGGAGUGUUACGCACAGUGCACUCGCACGCCUCUCGCGCACGACUCAGUGCCUGCCUCCCGAAAGCAAACGUGCUCUGGCAGACCUCACAGAACUGCUUUCCUCUGCUGGAAACUUUGCCAAUUAUCGGCGAGCUCUGCAAAAUUCCAAAGGCUUCCGCAUCCCCAUCUUGGGCAUACACCUGAAGGAUUUAGUAUCUCUUCAUGCUGCAUUACCUGACCGGUUGGAAGGUGACAUGAUUAAUGUUCGCAAAAUGGCACAACUUUCUGUGAUCUUUGAGGAGCUGGAGAUCCUCCGACACUCUCAACCUCCCUUUGAAGUGAACAUGGAUCUUGUAAACACACUCAGGUUAUCAUUGGAUCUGGCUUACACGGAGGCAGAAAUUUAUGAACUGUCUUUAGCACGAGAACCCCGAAAUGCCACCUCGCCACAAAGCUCACCAACUCAGUCAGUGCUGUUUGCUGAAUGGGCAGCUGGUCCAUGCCCACCUCCUGAUCCACAGACCAUCGAGAAGCAUGUUACAGCCAUGGUGGAUGCUGUGUUCAAAAAUUAUGACAACGACCGGGAUGGCUACAUCUCUCAUGAAGAGUUUGAGGCUGUAGCUGGCAAUUUCCCCUUCAUUGCUUCCUUCUGUGUAUUAGAUGCUGACCAUGAUGGUAUGAUCAGUCAGGAAGAAAUGAAGAAGUAUUUUGUUCAUGCAAAUUGUCAUGCUUUGAAAAGUGGAUUCAAGCAUGAAUUUCAUGAAACCACGUAUUUCAAACCUACAUUCUGCGCCCAUUGUGCUGGACUUCUGUGGGGGCUAAUUCGGCAAGGCUUCAAAUGUAGAGACUGUGGUAUCAACGCACACAAGCAUUGUAAGGAGCUGGUUGUGAUGGAGUGUCGGAUACGGCCAAAUGCAGGUUCAGAUUUUCGACGGCCUCUGAAGUGCACUGCUUUAACUGGCAACUUAAUUCGAGUGAUGGUUAAACCAACCCUAAUUCCAUUGCCUGAGCAUGAAUCUGAGUGAUGUAAUAGCACUAAUAUUCAUGAUCAAACUUACUAAACCUUUGCUCUUUUUCCAAACCAAAGAUACAAAUAUGUAGCAAUUUCUUAGUUAAAGCUUAAGUUAUAAUUAAGAUGUUGUAGAGAAUAUAUAUAUAAUAUAUUUUGGUCAUGAUAAUGAAAGUCCUAUUAGCAUUUAAUAGUCAGGCAAUCAUUAAUUCAUUUUUUUGAUUAAAGCUUGACUACUAGUUAAAAUUAUCAUUUCGAAUUACAAUGUAUGAUAAACAUGAUGAUAGUUUUGGUAAUAGCUGUAUAAGAGAUUGCUGAAUGUUUGCUCAGAAUUUUACUUUAUGUACUUUAAUUUGCCUAAUUUUCCAGUUUUUUAAUUUGUUUUUAAACAACACAAAAAAUUAUUUUGCAAUACAAAUUUAGAUUUUAUAAUUUUAAUUUCUUUCAGAAGUGAGAGAAUUUAAUGGGAAGUAGUUAUCAAGGAAGAACAUGUAAAUAAAAUGACAGAAUCAAAUUGAAUUGCUAUGUACUUGUUUUGUAUAUUGAUCUCAUCUUUCAUGAUCUUGAUAUAAUGUCAAAAUGAACAAUGCGUGAAUGAACAAUGGAAAUAAUAAAGAAAUUAACACUGCAACAUCUUGUUUUGUUUUUGUCAUUCAUUUCUGUAAUGGUGUCUGAUUAUAUCACAAUUUUUAAAUAAUGUAGAAUAUUUUCUAUAAAGAAAAAUUGAUUUCCUAAAAUAAGUUUAAC